CCACAUUUGUUCCUCUAAACUCAUCUUACUUGCACCUCACUUCAAUCAAUACCCACCACAAUCUUCAAAUAUCUCAUCUUUUGAUUGUUUGCUUUUCAGUUUCCUUUGAGCACCAUGGGUUCUUCUAUCUAUGGUGGCUCUUCUUCCCAGAUCUUUUUCAUUUUGUUCUCUUUUGUUUCCUUCGCCAUAGCUGCAUUGCCUCAUAACCCAUCUGGGAAAUCCUUUGCUUCGUCUGGUUCGGGUCAGAUUAACUCUAAUUCAGUCCUCGUUGCUCUUCUUGACUCGCAUUACACUGAGUUAGCUGAGCUGGUGGAGAAAGCUUUGCUUCUCCAGACUCUUGAAGAAGCGGUUGGCAAGCACAAUAUCACCAUUUUUGCUCCUCGUAACGAAGCCUUGGAGCGUCAACUCGACCCCGAGUUCAAGCGCUUCUUGCUUGAACCUGGAAACCUCAAGUCCCUGCAAACCCUUCUCCUGUUUCACAUUAUCCCUAAACGGAUCGGUUCCCACCAAUGGCCCGACCCAAAAACCGGCUCCGUCAAACACACCACUCUUUCCGAUGACCAUAUACGCUUGUCUUCCAAAUCCACCGGCAGAAAAGCUGUUGACUCAGCCGAGUUGGUCCGACCUGACGACGUGAUCCGACCCGACGGAGUCAUCCACGGGAUCCACCAGCUUCUUAUUCCUCGUUCCGUCAUAGAAGAAUUCAACAAGAGACGUAAUCUCCGGUCAAUCACCGCCGUAUUACCUGAGGGUGCGCCUGAAGUAGAUCCUCGCACCCAUAGGUUGAAGAAGCCGGCUCCGGUGCCAGUUGGAGCACCACCGGUACUCCCAAUCUACGACGCGAUGGCUCCGGGUCCUUCACUGGCACCAGCACCGGCUCCGGGUCCUGGCGGAGCUCACCAUCAUUUUGAUGGCGAGAACCAAGUUAAAGAUUUCAUCCAAACUUUAUUGCAUUACGGCGGGUACAACGAAAUGGCCGAUAUUCUAGUAAACUUGACGUCUUUGGCAACGGAAAUGGGGAGACUGGUUUCCGAAGGUUAUGUUAUAACAGUCUUGGCUCCCAACGACGAAGCUAUGGCGAAGCUUACUACCGAUCAGUUAAGUGAGCCUGGGGCGCCAGAGCAGAUUAUAUAUUACCAUAUUAUCCCCGAGUAUCAGACCGAGGAGAGUAUGUACAAUGCGGUCCGGAGGUUCGGGAAAGUGAAAUACGACACGCUGCGGCUGCCGCAUAAGGUAGUUGCUCAGGAGGCUGAUGGUUCGGUGAAAUUCGGGCAUGGUGAGGGAUCAGCUUAUUUGUUUGACCCUGAUAUUUAUACGGAUGGAAGGAUUUCGGUUCAGGGAAUCGAUGGGGUUUUGUUUCCCGAAGAAGAAACCGAGACAGUUAAGAAACCGGCAGCUGUUAAGGUUGCCUCCAAACCUAGGAGAGGGAAGUUGUUGGAAAUCGGAUGUUGGAUGUUUGGCACGCUUCGAUCCCGAUUAUGUCAAUAAAUAUAUGACAUUCUAGUAUUGAGAUGGAAGAAAAAGAGAAAUGAUAGGAAAGGAAACAAAGGUGAACAGUUCUCCGGGUAAAAGAUGCAGUGUGAUCUGCAUUUGUUUAAGGAUGGAUUUUUGGAAGGGCCUGGUGAAUGCUUGUUGGAUAAACAAAAACAAUGAAAAGAAGAAGAAAUCCCCAGAAAAAGAAGACGGAGUUUGGUGUUUAUUUUGUUAUAAAUACUGUAAUUACAUAUCAUUUUUUAAUUGUUUUUGUGUAUGGAUCACUGCCUCUUAUUUAUAUAAUGCAUAAGAAUAAUAAAAAAAUAAACAGCUUGGGAAAAUUCAUUUUUUUUAUGA